AUGGUAAAGAAGAUAGGGUUUCUUCUCACUAAAUGGCAAUAUUGGGCUACACGGGUUACAGAUCUUCUCCUUGAAGUUGUUUUAAUGGCAGCAACCAAAAUCGAUCCAGAUCAUCCAUACUUUCUGCAUGCUUCUGAUUCUCCUGGAAUGUGUUUGAUUUCUCCUCCUUUUGAUGGAACUGGAUAUGGAGGAUGGAGAAAAUCAAUUUUGAUUGCUUUAUCUGCUAAAAACAAGCUAGGUUUUAUUGACAACAGCUUGAUCAGGCCUAAGGAUGACUCGCCAGAUUUGCGAUAUUGGAUAAGGUGCAAUGACAUGGUGUUUGCUUGGCUUUUGAAUUCCCUUACUCCGGACAUCAGGCCUAGCGUGAUUCACUCUAAAUCUGCGAGGAUUCUGUGGAAACAACUUGAAGAUAGGUAUGGGCAAUCCAACCUAGCUCAGUCAUUUGAAUUGCAAAAACAACUAUUAGAAACAGUGCAAGGAUCUUCGAACAUUGCUACUUAUUUUAACAAGAUAAAAGCUAUAUGGGAUGAAAUAGAAUUACUUGAUGCAAGGACUGUGUGUAUUUGUGUUGAUUGUAAGUGUGGAGCUAAUGAUAAGAAUGAUGCACUUGAAGAGAGACAGAAAUUGGUUCAGUUUUUAUGGGGCUAA